UCCAAUUCUGCUGACGACAACUCUCAGUCACUCGUGACGACAGAUGAUGUUGUAACUUUUUUGGAGUAUAAGGCGAAACAGAAGUAUUCCAAAAAGAAUCAUGUAGCUCGCGAUUACAGCAAACCAGCAAACUGUCCGCAAUUUGAUAGCACCAUUCCUGCCGACAUAGUUGAAUAUGUUUUGACCUACUGGCGCCUUAAACGCUGUUCAAACUUCAAUCAGCCGCUGAUGGAGACCCCGGAGGCGUGGAAGACUGCAGUUCUUCCAACCAAAAUGCCUAUCACCAUGGUGACUGACCCUCUUGCAGAGGCCGCCGAAGUGGUAAAUCGCUUCAAGCGUGUGCGGUUUGGUUUGGAUAGAGCCAGGAUGGUAAUAGACAUGGUUCUACAGCGCGAACGGCGGAAGGAUGCCCUGCUACGAAAAAUGCAACAAAUAGCAAACAGCCAGCUCCGGAUCAUUGCCAGCACCCCGGAUCUCAAUGCUCUGCCGGAGGACUGUUUGGAGGUCCUCAUUUCCGCCCAUCUUGGACCCAGCAUCUACGAGGACUAUGACGCUUUGCUGCGGCUCAGUGACCUGAACCUAGCCAUCAGUCCGACGCGUCCCAUGUCGCCAGAUGUGCGCCGACCGUCGGAAACGUGGCCCGCAUCUUCCAGUCCGCUAUCCAUGAGAACAACUGCUACUGCCUCCGCCGCUACCAGCUACAUAGUGACUGGCAACCCGGUGAUUGAUAGUCUGCUGCCGGAACAGCUAAUCGUAAGCCCCGGCGUCCUGGAAAGAUUAAAGAAUGCCUUCUGCAAGAAAAGACGCAAAAAGCGCGAGGUGGCCGCCACUGGUCGGCGUCCAACUAUGGCCGGCUGCACCCAGAACCACUUAACCCAGUCGGUUUUGCAACAGCAACAGAACUUGAGCGGUUUUGUCUUCACCGCGUCUUCCCGAAAGAUCCUACAGAAACCACUGGUGACGCCAAAUACUCCUGGUUAUGGGCAACACGCUCUCCGCGCCGUCAAAUGUGACGCGGAGGCCCUUUCGCUGCCUGCCAAGCGAUUCAGGUUCGAUAUGAACAGUUCCUAUCAACGGCAGCUGCAGCAACAACAGUUAACACUUCAGUCUUGGUAA